CCAUAAGAUACGAUCCAGUUCCAAUUGUCCCACCAAAAAACCAAAUCAUUCUUUUAAGCCUUACUCCGUUAACCGGAUACACCUUUAAUAAUACAGAUGUUCCAAUUACUAUAGCCAUAAGCCGUCUCUCUAUCUCGCCGAAUACAGAUCUGACGCUACAUCGAGAAUUCAUGCCUCCCUGACCAUCUUCCACUUUUAGGCUUCUGAGCCAACAGAAGCUUCCAAUUCCCUCUUUUGAUUAUAUCUUACUUCUUUUAACCACUCCCGAGCUUGAUCCGAUACGAACGAGCAAAAAUGCCUGAGGAUCACUAUCAAGCCGAAGUUGCGACUAAGUUUGCGACAGAAGUGGCGGUUGAAGACGGAGAAGACGAUGCGGCGCAGCAAGCGACCGGAAGACCGCGAACCAUGACGAGCACCGCAGAGAUCGAUAGCACAAUCACCCAUCCCGGUUCCGUUCGUAUAAACGUCAAAGGCGCAUUCAUCGUCGAUACCCCCGAACAGCCUGGUACCCCGGCGAACCCAUCCGGGACUGGGAAUAGCUACCACGAGACAAAGGACAUUCGCCUCCCCAAUCAUACAGCUGUUAUUAGUCAUAUCGCUGUCGAUAUCGGUGGAUCCCUAGCGAAAGUCGUAUAUUUCUCCCGCGAAGCGCAUUCCAACGACCCAGGUGGGCGACUCAACUUUCAAUCUUUCGAGACCGAUCGCGUAGACGAUUGUAUAGAGUUUAUGCGACACCUCAAGGACAAGCAAUUGGCCCUCAAUGGCUCUAAACCGGGUGAACUGUGCGUGAUGGCCACUGGGGGCGGCUCAUACAAAUAUUACGACAGAAUACGACAACGACUCGAUGUUGACGUCUUAAGAGAAGAUGAAAUGGAGUGUUUAAUUAUUGGCCUUGAUUUCUUUAUCACCGAGAUACCCCGCGAAGUCUUCACAUACUCCGAAACGGAUCCUAUGCACUUCGCGUCGCCUAAUGCUAAUAUAUAUCCCUAUAUGCUAGUUAAUAUAGGUUCUGGUGUUAGUAUACUUAAGGUAUCUGGACCGCGGACAUAUGAACGUGUGGGUGGUACGUCUCUUGGAGGAGGUACCCUUUGGGGUAUUCUUUCGUUACUCACACCCGCCGAAUCAUUCGACGAAAUGCUAGAUAUGGCUGCACAUGGCGACAAUGCUAAAGUCGACAUGUUGGUUGGAGAUAUUUAUGGUACCGAUUAUGGUAAAAUCGGACUAAAGAGUACUACAAUCGCUAGUUCCUUCGGUAAGGUUUUCCGCAUGAAACGGGAAGCAGAAAACGAAGCCGAAGACACAGGUGGACUUUCCAAUGGUGAUGAUCAAAAUCGAAGGCAAGAGCAGCAGAAAUUAGAUCAAACCUCCGUAUCGACUUCCUCGCAACCACAACAGCCACCGCAACCUCGACCCACCUCCUCUAGGGCCAGUGAAUUAGCCCGGUCGCGAUUCUCUAGCGCUGAUAUUUCACGUUCUUUACUUUACGCCAUCAGUAAUAAUAUCGGCCAGAUAUCCUACCUGCAGUCGCAAGUGCACGGCCUUUCCCGUAUUUACUUUGGUGGAUCUUUCAUUCGCGGCCACCCUCAGACCAUGAACACCCUAAGCUACGCCAUCAAGUUCUGGAGUAAAGGAGAGAAGCAGGCGUACUUCCUACGCCACGAAGGGUAUCUAGGUGCCGUAGGCGCAUUCCUUAAGCACCAACCCCGGAAUUGGGGUCGCAGAGGCAGUUUCGAGGAGAGUCGGUAAUCCAAGAAAGGGUUAAGUCUAAUAGAAGAGGAUACCCCAUCUUGACUAUUUGACAGGAACCGCCAAACAAUUCCUUGGUGAUAAUGCUCACAACAAAUCGUGAGAAGAGGAAGUAUAAAAGGAAGGAAGACUUGAAUGGACAAUAAAAUGUCGUCAGGUCGGAACGAUAUGCAAUGCUGAAGAAAUCUCAGCAUCACCAUAUCGUACCAUGCCUACCUAUCUACCUACUCCUUGCUCAUUAUCUACCAAUCUACCUAGGUAUAUGUCUCACCAUACUCGUAUCGAGAUGACACUAGUACGGUGAGAUAGCAUUGUUUUAUGCAGCAAAUUACUGAAUAGGAUAUGCAUCGCAGACGUGGAUUAGACGUGGAAAAUACAGGAUACUCAAUAGAAUAACCUAUCAA